GUCUGCACUGCCAGUUGCAGUUUUACAACCCUGUGUAGCAGUCCUACGUUGCUCGCGUGCGUUCGUUCGUUCGUUCGUUCGUUGACCACGUCGCCGAUUUCGUCGCAGCCGUCGUCACCGCCAUAUAUAAAAUCCCUACAACAUAUUGUGUGUGCCUACGUCUGCGCACUUUUGCAUUUUGCGUCGCCCUUUUUAGGCCAAAAAAAAUCACAUUCCAAAACCGACAAUUUCAUUCCUUGAAAAGUGAUUGUCUCCGUCGAGUUCAGAAGAAACUCCCGUUUCGAAGCAGGCGGAAUCGUUGUUGAAAAUUUCUGCACCUCAGUUGGCCCUGGUUUCUGGUGGUCCGGUUUUCUUGAAAAAGGAACAUAAGUGAAGUGAAAAUUGCUUUGUAUUUCAUUCGACCAUUAUUAUCUUCACAUCAUGGCUUGCUGUUGUGGUUGUUUCUAAGGCCAGGAGGGCACAGAGGAGAAUAAAUAUUUGGCAGGCACCAGACAGCGAAUUGAACAAUAUGAGACCAACGGCAGCCAGUAGUCGACGAGAACGACGACAGCGAGCAGCAGCAACAGCAGCAGUACUAGCGAUCACCGCUCAACGACGAGCGACAUCAUCGACCGCCCCAAAGCUAGCGGCACUUCCGGAGCAAAGAUUCCUAGCCAAUCUGGUUCCGCCGACGUCGAUUGUCGUCGUCACUAAGAAGAGCCACUUCAAUCAUCAGCGAAUGCAUUUCCCGUUUCGUUUGCGCGUCGCGGCUACAGUGCGCAUUAAAUCGUGAUUAGACUCCAAUCGCAGCAACCGGUUAGUUCCAGCUCAUAGAACGAAGAACACCGUAGCAGGUUGCUUGGAUGAGUGGGUGCGCGCGUGAAUGCAAUUGAUUCGAAGUGCGCAUCAUUAGACAAAGGACCUUAUUUUCCGUUGCAAACAUAGGAGUGAGUGAUCUUCGUCAUCGCGCUAGGCGCGUGAGCGUUAAGUAAUUCGAAAACAAAAAAAUUGAGUGACUUUGUUGUGAUUUUCCGUUGCAAACAUAUUGCUCGCUAUAGAUUGGCCAAAACAAAAACAAUUUCGUCGUCCGUCGUCUGGUGAACGCGCGCGCGGUGGUUCGUUGGCAUCCCCUGAACGUGCCAAUUUCGCCGACCUUCGUAGUGACUGUGACUUUCGCGCGACUAUUUUUAAGCCAUCGGGGUGAGCGUGCCGAGAAGAGGAAGCCCCGUGUGUGCUCAGCUGGUGGAUUUUUCCUGUAUUGAUAUCCGCGCCGAAACAAGUGCGAGAAGAAACAAUGGCUGCUGUGCAAGUUGACAUCAACAACAACAACAACAACAACAACAUCAACAACAACAACAACAGCAGAAGCAGCGACAGUGGAGUGGAGGCGUCGGUGUGGAUCUUCGGCUACGGUAGCCUGUGCUGGUAUCCGGGUUUUGAGUACGACAAAUGCAUCACUGGCUACAUCCGGGGAUACGUGAGACGCUUCUGGCAGGGUAACACGACCCAUCGAGGAACGCUGGAAAAGCCCGGUCGUGUAGCCACUCUAAUUGAAGACAAAGAAGGCAUCACGUGGGGCUGCGCGUUCAAGGUGACGGGUCAACUGGCCCUGGACUACCUCAAGCAGCGGGAGUGCACCCUCGGCGGUUACCAGACCGACUACAUCCGGUUCUACCCGCGCAAGGCCAGCGAAUGGUCCGGCAUCAGUGGGCAGGCCUUCCCGGCUCUCGUCUACAUCGCCACGCCGAAGAAUGACCUCUGGAUCGGGGAGGAACCGCUGGUCGAGACGGCGCGCCAAAUUGCCGAAUGCCAAGGUCCCAGCGGGCACAACGUCGAGUAUCUGAUCCGGUUGGCGAUCUUCAUGCGCGAAGAACUGCCCGGCGCAUGCGACGAGCACCUGUUCGAGCUGGAAGGCCUCGUGCGGCGGUUCGUGGCCGAAGCGAACGUAGCGAUUACCAGUCUGCUGGGGAACGCCCCACGACGGAUCCGACGGGAUUCCCACGAGGAGGUUCGGCGGCACGUUUCGUUCGAGUUCACCGCGCGGGUUCCGGAGAAGAAGCUGAGAUGCUUGCACAUUUAGAACCGCUUCUUUUCCGCCGGAUGAUAUUCUACUAGCAUUGACAUUCGUUUCUACACGACCAUUUCGAUAUUUGCGACAACUUUUUGUUAAUUUAGUUUUAAGAUUCCGUUCUAGGCUUAAGUUCGAUCGUGUAACUCUCAUUUUUUGACACUAGGUAUGCAUUAAUGGUCGCCGAGGUAGGCCUCUCGUUUUAUUUAUUAUAAGAAAGCGAUAUAGACUACAGGAAUAUACCAAAUAAACCAACCAACGUUG